AUGACUAAAAACACAAACACCUGCCCAGGACUCCCACCCUGCUACUGGGAGAAGAGACCUUCCAACCUCCUAAAUGGGGCCUCCACCCUGCCUCCUGUUGCUCGCUGGCCUCCCUCUCUGUCCCCACCCAGCACAGCCUCUGCUCUCUUUGCAGAUACUGUUGGCCUGCAGCCAGAUGCCCGUGGUGUGGCCACAUCCCUGGGGCUCAAUGAGCGGCUCUUUGUUGUCAACCCUCAGGAAGUGCACGAGCUGACCCCACACCCCGAGCAGCUGGGGCCCACCGUGGGCUCUGCAGAGGGGCUGGACCUGGUGAGCACCAAGGACCUGGCGGGCCAGCUGACGGACCACGACUGGAGCCUCUUCAACAGCAUCCACCAGGUGGAGCUGAUCCACUACGUGCUGGGCCCCCAGCCCCUGCGGGACGUCACCACUGCCAACCUGGAGCGCUUCAUGCGCCGCUUCAAUGAGCUGCAGUACUGGGUGGCCACAGAGCUGUGUCUCUGCCCUGUGCCCGGCCUGCGGGCCCAGCUGCUCAGGAAGUUCAUCAAGCUGGCUGCCCACCUCAAGGAGCAAAAGAAUCUCAAUUCCUUCUUUGCCAUCAUGUUUGGCCUCAGCAACUCGGCCAUCAGCCGCCUGGCCCAGACCUGGGAGAGGCUGCCCCACAAAGUCCGGAAGCUCUACUCGGCCCUCGAGAGGCAGCUGGACCCCUCAUGGAACCACCGUGUGUACCGUCUGGCCCUCACCAAGCUCUCCCCUCCCCUCAUCCCCUUCAUGCCCCUUCUUCUCAAAGACAUGACCUUCAUCCAUGAGGGAAAUCACACACUGGUAGAGAAUCUCAUCAACUUUGAGAAGAUGAGAAUGAUGGCCAGAGCUGCGAGGAUACUGCACCACUGCAGAAGCCACAGCAACGUGCCUCUGUCACCGCUUAGAAGCCGAGUCUCCCACCUGCACGAGGACAGCCAGGUGGCCAGGAUUUCCACGUGCUCGGAGCAGUCCCUGAGCACCCGGAGUCCAGCCAGCACCUGGGCUUACGUCCAGCAGCUGAAGGUCAUCGACAGCCAGCGGGAACUGUCCCGCCUCUCCCGGGAGCUGGAGCCGUGAGGAGGGGCUGGGCUGGAGCAGGCACUGGCCGCCAGGAGAGCCAGGGCGAGCCGGGCCAGGAGGCCCACGGGCUGGCCGCACCGGGCAGGGGCUCUCCGCGGACUGAACUUGAGGCCCUGGAGUGGGCGGCAUGGAGGCAGCCUUCCCCCUGAUGACUGGUGGCCAAGGAGGACCUCGGAAUGGAAUGAGCCGGGGCCCAAGGCCAAGGAAUGGGGGACAGAGAGGCCCUGGAGUGGGUGGGAGAGCAGAGCGCUCCCUCUGUGUGUUCAAUAGAGAGCUCUCCGCACCAGGUCUUU